UCCUGGAAGAACAUCAUAUACCAUAUCUCCCAUGCUGUAGAAAACUAUUAAUUUUUACUUAUUAACCUUUGGUUAAUGUGUGUUCUUUUCAUUGCAUCUCUAUUUCUGUUUUAGCAAUUCUCAUCUCCUUGAUGUUUCUUCGAUUUCUAUCAUCUUGUAUUUGUGUAAUCUGCUUGCCCUGCUCGUGAUCAUGUUGGGUGUAGAAUGGAUGCAAGUUGCAGAAAUGUUCUUCUACCCGGACGACCUAGACGAAGACAGUAAAAUAAUGUGUGUUUGUUCCAGGGCGUUUGUCAAGGACCAUAAUUUAUACUAUUUAGGAAUAAAAGGAACAGACUCUGAUAAAAAGGAUGACAAAAGCGAGGAAGUAUCUGAAGAGGAAGAAGAGGACUCAUUUAUAUCAGCUAAUACCAAUAAAUGUGAAUUAAUACUUGAGGGAACUGAAUUGGACUCCGAAGAAGAGCUCAUGAUAAAAAUGGGACUUCCUCUAAAAUUUGGUGGAUCGUCAUUUGAGAAAAACUUUGUGCUACCAGACACAAAUGCAGUAGGUCAUCAUGUAUGUACUAAAAAGAAAAAAAACCCUCAGAAGAAGAAAAAUUUAAAUGAGGAUAUUAAAGAAGCUCUGAAAGAAAUGUCCCUAGAUAACCAACCAACUUCUGAAGAAGAAUGUUCUUCAAGCUCUGAGCAACUUGAGAAUGAGGGUGAAAUUUUGCCUACAGAUUGUGAGGAUGUAAACCAAAAUGGCUUGUGUGCUGUAAACACCCAGGCUGGUGAUGUAAAUGAAAAGGAUGGAUGGGAAGAGUAUUGGAAUCAAUAUGGACAAGGCUUAUUAUGGCAAGAGUGGAUUGAAAAGCACCCAGAAUUAAUGGGGUCUGAGGCACAUGAUAACUCUGAGCCAUGGAUGUCACCAGACACUAAGGAACAAUGGGAAGAGCACUAUAAUGAAGCAUACUGGCGCUAUUUUGAACAGUUUCAGUACUGGGUAAAUCAAGGGUGGACCUUUGAUUCUGAAAAUAAAGAGUGUGCUGUGCUCUGUACCGACUGUGUGACUCUCAGUGACUCUUCCCUGCAUCAGCCUAGUGUCUCUACUGGAGACUUUGUUAGUCUAUGCAGUAAUUACUGCAGUGAUGCUGUAAAUGGAAUUAAGGACAUAAAUCUUAAUGCAGAAGAACUGGAGCAAGACCUAUUAGUUCAAAGUAUUAUUGAUGAGGGUCAGCUGUUGCAAAAGCCAGAGAAUAGUGAAACACAGCAGCCUAGUGAUCCUAAUCAGAAUGAACAGAAUAGAAGUGGAAGAGCUGGAAAAGAAAAUGCUUCAUCAGGACAUAAAACUACAUGCCAACCAGUAUCACAGGUACCCUCAAGUUUCAAUCUGCAAAGUGGGCGUGCAGCACUCAUUAAAGGGGAGGGGGAUGAAGACGAUGAACCUCCAGAAUGCAAACAAGCAAAAGUGAAAAGAAGUCAUGAAUUAGAUGCAGAUGAGAACCCAUGUGAUGUGCUUGAAGAAGCUUCCACCAUUUUGGGACUUAAACAUGGAACAGGGCAAAAAUACGGAACAAUUUCUCGCUUUAGCCACAGGACUCUGACCUAUCUUGAGAGAGGAGUUAAACACAGGUCCCAGUUUCUGGACAUGCACAGGCCUGUAAAUGCCAAAAACAAGCAUAUCUUCUUCACAGAUGAAUCUGAGGAAAAAACACCAAAAAGCAAAACUUUAAACAAGGUUCAACAUUUUCUGAAGAGGGUAAAUAGACUUGUGGAAGAUGCAUCUGAUGAGAGCAUUCCAAAAGUAGAGGCAUCUCCAAGUAGCUCUGACUCUGAGGAGGAUUAUGAUGAUUUUCAGGAACCCUCUACCACAGACAGCACUUUUACACAGCUUCAUGAACAUUCUACCACAGACAACCCUUGUACAAAGCUUCAGGAACCGUCUACCACAGACAACCCUUGUACAAAGCUUCAGGAACCGUCUACCACAGACCACCCUUGUACAAAGCUUUAUAAACAAUCUACCAUAUACAGCACUUGUACAAAGCUUCAGGAACCCUCUACCACAGACAGUACUUCUGUAAAGGUUCAGGAACCAUCUACCACAGUCACCACAUGUACAUACCUUCAAGAACUCCCUACCACAUAUAGCACUUGUACACAGCUUCAGGAACCCCUUACCACAGACAGGACUUGUUCGCAGCUUCAGGAACCCCUUACCACAGACAGGACUUGUUCGCAGCUUCAGGAACCCCCUACCAUUGACAGCACUUGUACACAGCUACAGGCACCCCCUACAACAGGCAACCCUUGUACAAAGCUUCAGGAACUCUCUACCAUAGACAGCACUUGUACACAGCUCCAGGAACCCCCUACCACAGACAGCACUUGUACACAGCUACAGGCACCCCCUACCACAGACAACCCUUGUACAAAGCUUCAGGAACUCUCUACCAUAGACAGCACUUGUACACAGCUCCAGGAACCGUCUACCACAGACUACCCAUGUACACAGCUGGAGGAACCAUCUACCACGCUUGAAAACACAUUUAUAGAGCUUCAGAAACAGCCUACUACUGACCGCACAUGUACACAACUUCAGGAACCGUCUAGUAGCAUACUUGACAGCAACUGUUUACAGAAUGAGAAAAAUCACAUGUUACACACCAACUCCAUUUGGUGUUCCAAGGACUUCUAUGGUGAAGAUCAGAAUCUAAGCGAUAUAAAUGAUCCUAACAGCACAUCAAGACAGCUGAUCUCCCUGGAAAUACCUGAUUACUUACAAACUGAAACAGAAGUGGUCAAAAACGGUGAAAAUAAAUGCAAGAAGAAUAAAAAGAGGAAUAAAAGAAAAAUGCAGCCAUUACCGCCUGACUUUGCUGACAUUCCUCACUUGGCAAAGUAUUGGGCACAGCGUUACAGACUGUUUUCUCGCUUUGAUGAAGGAAUUAAGCUUGACGAAGAGGGAUGGUUUUCCGUAACACCAGAGAAAAUCGCAGAGCACAUUGCUUGUAGAGUCAGCCGGGGCUUUGUCUGUGAUAUAGUAGUGGACGCUUUCUGUGGUGUUGGAGGCAAUGCUAUUCAGUUUGCUAAGGCAGGAAAGAGAGUAAUUGCUGUUGAUAUCGACCCUGUGAAACUGGAUCUUGCACGCAACAAUGCAGAGGUGUACGGCGUGGCAGAUCAAAUAGAGUUUAUUCGUGCAGAUUUCAUGAGCCUGGCAGGUGACUUGAAGGCGGAUGUGGUUUUCCUCAGCCCUCCAUGGGGGGGCCCUGACUAUGUCAGUGCAGAGACCUUUGACAUUAGGACAAUGAUGUCCCCUGAUGGAUUUGAAAUUUUCAAGUUAUCCCAACAAAUCACGAAAAAUAUUGUGUACUUCCUGCCACGCAAUACUGAUGUGGAGCAGGUGGCUUCUUUGGCUGGACCAGGUGGAAAGGUGGAAAUAGAACAAAAUUUCCUGAACAAUAAAUUGAAAACUAUGACAGUUUACUUUGGAGACCUUAUCCGAAAAGUAUAACAACAUUUACUCCCUUUAAAAAGGGAGAAACUUUACAGCCAUUAUGACUUUGUACAAUGGAGAGAGCAGAAGGUUUUAUACUAAUGUUGUUUGUUUAUUCAUAAACUCUGCAAGAUCUUUUUUUUUAUGUACUUGUUUAUUUUAAAAUAGCUUUAAAUCCGUUCAUACAAAACAGUCACUAAAUAUCAAAUUGUUUAUAUUAUGCACACUGGCAUUUUAAAAGAACAACCUUUCCAAGGGUUACCAUAGAAAAUACAUACAUUUACACACAUGUGUAUGUAAAGUAAAGACUGCAGCAGCAAUUUUUUAUAUGAAAUUUUAUAUAGGAU